ACUGUGCAUUGUUUCAUCUCGUUGUUUCCUUGCUACAUAUUUACAUGUGAUUCAUUCCACCUAACGUUAGUUAUUUAGGAAAUUACACAUUCGGAAAUUGUGACAGCUGUCAUAGAGUACUAUCACGUGUUGAGAGUUGCAUUUCAUAUAUGUUCAGAGUAUCUGUUACGCUUACAGUGUUACGCUUAAUGUGUGAUCUGCAUAUGACGACUUUAAAAGUUGACCAAGUUACAGGUAUUAAAAUUACCACAGGAUCUCAUAAUAUGUAGAUCGGGCUUCUGAAGAGAGGAAAUGUCAUCAGGGAGGCGGGAGAAUCAAACAACGUUACAAGAACAACAGCUAACCAACUACAUAAGUGACAGAGGAGUGGAUGAAAAACAUGAGCUCUGAUGAAGAUGUGGCAGCUGCAUCUAAACCUUCUCACCUCAUAGGGAAGAAAGAGAACAUCAUUAAAUCCAGGCGAGUGGUGAAGUCAGUUGGAGGAAGAGACGUUCUGGUGAUUUACCACCAGGGCCACUUCUAUGCAAUUGAUGCCCGCUGCUAUCACUCUGGAGGUCCACUUCAGGAGGGAGAUAUUGAGGAUUUUGAUGGAAGGACAUGCAUAGUGUGCCCAUGGCAUAAGUACAAAAUUACAUUAGCUGAAGGUGAGGGUCUCUAUCAGGCUGUGGACCCUACUGUGAAGCCUCUGAAACCAACCUGGUGCUCUAAAGGUAUCAAACAAAGAAUCCACACUGUGACCGAGUCUAACGGAGACCUGUUCCUCACCCUAAAUGACUCCGCAGAGGCCGUUGACUCUGAUUUCUAUCAAACUGAGAUAUACAAAAACACUUUUUUUAAAAGAAGACGUGAAGAAAACUAAGUGACCUUUUCAGAAGACACAAAAAUCUCUCUGGUCUGAACUGAUCAGCGGGAGGAGAUUAAUGCGUUCAUCAAAUAUUGUUCUAUUUUGAAAAUCUACAAAAUCUUUAGUAAAAGCUAGUCUAGCUGAUUUCAAACUGGUCUGAGCUGGUCUUAAGAUCAUACAAGUUGACUGACCAUUAACCAUUUUCCAAAAAACAGCCUGACAACUUUAACAGGUUUAACCAGGUUGCUGUUUUUCAUGCCUCACAACAAUGUACAUUUCAUGAUUAUUUUUUUUUUCACGUGAGACAUUGUUCCAAUUUGACAAUUAGUGCCCUGCAAAGAUGACUCUACAAACAACACAUUAAUGAUGAAAAUGGAUCUGUACGUGGAAUAGAAAAUUAGUAAAGUGAUUUCCUUUCCUUAAAGUAUUCAGCACAUACUGUACGAAUUUGAUGUUUAAUCUUGGUUUUGCAGGACAUUACAUAGUCCUACAAAACCAAGAGCAUUGCUAGUCCUUUGAACAUGCCUUAUAAUAAACUUUAAAUCAGCUACAUGUCAGUACAAGUAGUCAGAUUGAAAAGCAAAUCAUGUAAAAUGAAGGCUUCACUGAUCAUUGGUGACUUUUUUUUCAAUACUUCUACUAUUUUUGGAUUAAAGAUUAAAUUUGAAAUUACAACCUAAUAUAUUUUUAGAAAGUGUAAUAAUCACAGGUCACCAAUGCUGAAAUCCAAAACAU